AUACCCUCUACUUAUGGCUCCUGGGUUGCAGAGACCUCGAGUCACAGAGAUACAGGCCCGGAUGGACUGUAAUGGGUGCGUGCAGAGGAUAAAGAAGACUCUUAACAACAUUGAUGGAAUAAAUGAUCUAUACUUCGACCUCCAUCAACAAAAAAUUACAAUCAUUGGGUGGGCAGACCCAGAAUAUAUCAUCAAAGCCAUCAGGAGAACCAAGAGGAAUGCCACCAUUUGCUCGCCUAAUAUUGAACCAACACAGUCUCCAUCUCAACCACCAGAACAAGCCCCAGAUGCAACACCAAAGCAACAAGAAAAUGGGCCACCUGAGAAAUUGCAAGUAGAACCACGCAAAGAGCAACCGCAGCCAACACCACCACCUGAACAGCCACCUGAGGCGACGGCAUUGCCCAAACUCACAGAGGAUAGCUCAAGUCAGCAAUCACGGAGUCGUCCAGAAUCAGAAGAUGAGGAAGAGGUUCACGAGAUAUAUCAGCAUCCACCUAACUACGGAUCCAGAUUUGCCUCUUGCCAUGAAUGUGUUGGACAAGAGGACAGAUACCAUAGCGAAGUAUUUCUACAAGAGCAAACCACGCCAAUAUAUGUGACACACUGCUAUAACACAUACCAGCCUUCACCUUACGUUACCGAAUAUGAAUAUGUCAGCUCAUCCAAGCUCACGCAUUACAGCCGUACGGAACAUUACAGUGCAGAAUACCUUAAUGGAAAUGAAAGUUUCACAUCCAUGUUCAGUGAUGAAAAUCCUAAUUCAUGUACCAUAGUCUAGAUCACCGACAGAUAGUUAUCAGAAGUCAAUAACACUGUUUCUGCCAGAUAGGUUCGUGUAUGAGGCGAUGCUGGCAAUAAUUAGUAAAAAUGUAUAACGUGGAAGGGGGGGGGGUUAGAAUUAUUUGGGUGCAUGUGAGAUUCUGGGGCCAAGAAUUAGAUUCUUUGCUUGCGGGUACCCGAAGAAAUAGUGCCAGAUUCCUUCCUUAAAUGUACAGGGCACAAAUGGUAUUUCAUAUAACAGAAGAUACAAAGGUUUUGUAUAAUACAGUCCAUUCCAUCCUUGAAAUUUGAGCAUAGUUAUGUCAGAAACCAGAACAUCCAGAUGAAGAGAUUUAUGAUUUUCACUGAUAUUCUUUUACAACAUGAGAUUUUUAAUCUCUGCUGAGUUUAUUCUCAAGCAGAAAGUUUCCAUGACGCUUGCACGGUAUCAGAUAACAUUUCUUCUGUUUAGAAAAUGAAGGUAAAAGAGAAGAUCAACACUUAUGCUUUGAUUAUUUAAGCAACAUAAAACUCCCUCUCCAUUUAGGUACUUAUCCCAAGUAAUUUUUACCAUUUUGCGAGAAAAUAUAUUAUUUUAUAAUAUAUACUUCAAGUUAACUUGUACUUUUUUGUAGAAUAGCUACUCUGGAAAAAAAAAUGCAGAGAUGUCAUUUUAAUUAGAAGUAGAUACUUACAUUAAUUAAAAAAAAAUUCAUGAAUAGACUGGAAUGUAUAUAACCUUUCAUUGGCUAAUUACGUUCUUCUACCAAUGACGUGCGUGGUCUCUGUCACGUGCAGCAGAGAAUCAAGGUCCCAGUGACCCACCAAAAAUUUCAUCGUUAUAGUUAGGAGUGAUUUUGUUAUUUAUCCAAGCUAAAUCUACUCAAGUCAUGAUUUUGCAAGAGAAUGAACUCUUGAGGGACAAAAAAUUUAAGAUGGUAACGGAACAGAGACAUUUGGUCAGCUCAUGCACGUUUCACAAGCUACUAACAGCUAAAAUGAAUAAAACUAAGCUUCAAUGAGCCUCCUUUAAU